AUGUGUAAUGAACUGGCACAUAAUCUUGAGCUUCAGCUUGAAACUAAAGAUGAUGGGUUACUCUAUUUCUUGAACUGUUUGUGGGUUCCAAACCAAGAUAAUCUUCGUACUUUGUUAAUGAACGAAGCUCAUCAAACUCGUUACUCUAUCCAUCCUGGUAUAGACAAAAUGUACAUGGAUCUUCGUACUCAGUAUUGGUGGCCGGGUAUGAAGAAAGACAUAGCCUUGUACGUUUCUAAAUGCCUAACGUGUCUUAAAGUCAAGGCAGAAUAUCAAUGUCCCUCUAGUUUACUUGAACAACCAGAAGUUCCGGUAUGGAAAUGGGAGAAGAUUGCUAUGGAUCUUAUCACUGAAUUACCACGCACUUCUAGAGGUCAUGAUGCUAUUUGGGUAAUCAUUGACCGUCUGACUAAGUUAUCACACUUUUUGCCGAUUCGUGAGGAUUUUUCUGCUGACAAACUUGCUAAGAUCUAUAUCGAUGAGAUUGUAUCUCGUUAUGGUGUUCCUUUGAACAUCAUAUCAAAUCGUGACGUUCUUAUCACUCCAGCAUUAACAUGGACCCUUUUGAGGCUUUGUAUGGUUGAAAAUGUCGUUCAGCUGUCUGUUGGAAUGAAGUUAGUGAAGCCCAAAUCACCGGACUUGAACUCAUUCAAGAAACAACAGAAAAAAAUCAAGAAAAUUCGCGAUAACAUUUUGACAGCUAGAAGUUGUCAAAAGAGUUAUGAUGACAAACGACGCACGCCUUUAGAAUUCCAAAUUGGUGAUCAUGUCCUCCUCAAGGUAUUCCAUUGGAAAGGUGUGAUUAGAUUUGGAAAGAAGGGUAACUGUUUUUAUAAGAUUAUUGAAAGGAUCGGAAAGGUAGCCUACAAACUCAAACUGCGUCCCGAACUUGGGAAUGUCCACCCAACUUUCAACGUGUCCAACUUGAAAAAGUGUUUAGCUGAUGUAAACCUCCACAUCCGUCUUGAUGAAAUUCACAUUGAUAACACUAUGGAUUUUGUCAAGAAACUUGUGGAGAUUAUGGACCAUGAAGUCAAGAAAUUAAAACGAAUUCAGAUACCAAUUCUUAAAGUUCGCUGGGAAUCCAAACAUGGCUUAGAGUUUACCUAG